UUUACUAACUUAUUUUCAUGUUUAGGUCGCACCGCCCAGUCUGGGCAAAGUCACCACACAGAACCAAGCGAACUGACAAUGAGGCAAGAGUUGCAGAGUCUUCUCAGACUAAAAAGAAACGACGAGUAUGAAGAAGAAAGCACAGACACAGCGCCUACAACAAUGAGAAUACAAACUCUGUCGUCACCAACAGAAACAUUGGCAGAAUCAAAAAGUACACAAAACCGUCUGCAAAGCAGCACGGAUGUGACAUACUCAUCUAGUCAGACUAGUGCAUUCAAUGCAGUUGUUGAAGAAAGUGAACGAACUACAACAUCAUCAUUUUCUACAACGAGGUCCAGACAAACAUUGUUGGAAUCUUUGCAAACGAUGAAUGAUUUGUCAACAGCGUUUGACGGCGUGGGAAGGACGUUUGCAACAACCAUACCUCAAAGUACAGAUAGGGCCACAAAUACAGACCAAAGAACUAGUUCGUCAACCACAAACGAUGUUGUAACUGAGUCUCGCUUUGUGGAAGCCAAGACUCAAAAUAUGGGAGAUACAGAGGAGUCUACAGUGAUGGGAACGACGGUAAUUCCUACAAUUUUUGAGAAGACCGAGGAGUCAAAAAGCAGAGCAACCAAUGAGGAAACUACUUAUGGUACAAGUCCAGUACUUCCAACAACACUGGAGCCAACGAGAGAAGUAUCGACGACGACUGCAGACCAAUCGACUUCAGGCAACCCUACGCAGCUCACCACUACCUUGGCUACAUCAAAGCAACCCACUACAGCGACAACCAUUGAAGGAUCUACAACCGCAGCACCAACUCCUCUUGAAACUACACAGACAAUGACUACAACACUGACUACAGAAUCGGAGAUGACAACCAACCCUUCAACAAUGGAGCCAACGAGAGAAGUCACAGAUCAGGUCACUAGUACAACCAUAGGGCAGUCUACUACUGCUGCUGUAUCUACAAUCAAACCAUCAACUAUUUAUGGCACAACGACGGGACUGACAACAACGACGGGACUGACAACAGAAAUUACAUCUCACGGAACUUCAGCAUUAAGAACUGAGUACUUCAAACAGAGUUUCAACGGGGAGGCCAUCUACACAGCCAUCUUCAACUUUGGAGAUGACCACUGCAAUUCCAACAACAGAACAUCUUUUAACUACUUUUGA